CAGGCUUCUGAUAGCGCUGAAUGAAGACCGUUUAUCAAAUUAUCAGAGUACAAACUCCAUUGUUGAAGAUGAGUAACAAACGCGAGAAGCCACGAACCCAUCGCUGUCUCCGGGUUUCUUUUACGUUGUUACUGAGACCAUACAGCAAAGGUCAUUUAUCCCCAUGAAGUCGUCAUCUUCCUUUCGCGGCGUCCAGGUUCGGAAAUGGUUUGUGUUUCUGGCAUGUGUUGAUAUAGUAUGGACAUUACAUGGAUGUCAAAAAUCAGAUUUAAGACCGGAGGUGUUUAACUGUUCAUUUAGUAACCUAACGUCAUAUCCCUCCACCGUACCUGCUGACGUCACUAUUCUAGAUGUAUCUCACAAUGCAUUGGAAAAAAUUGGGAUACUUAACACGACUUUUAUUACCCACCUGAAUCUGUCCAACAAUAUCAUACAAAAUAUACAGCAUAAUGCUUUCACAGAUAUGAAAAACCUUGUGAAGUUAGACUUGUCGUUUAAUUUAUUGAAAGGAUCUAAGUUAAUCAUUCAAAGAUACCGGUUUGAAUUAAGCGAGUUUCAUUCCUUAAAAUGGCUCAGUUUUCGUGGCAAUCCGCUGGGUUUCGUAUCAAGAAUGACAUUUACUCAGUUUGGAUAUCUGAAACUUGAGGAACUGGACUUGUCGUAUUGUGGAAUUUCUACGUUAGAAGAAAUGGCCCUUUCAAAUCUUGUGAGGUUGAAAAAGUUGCAUCUGCAAUAUAAUAACAUAGAAAACCUUUCUGGGGAAUCUUUCAACACGUUAGGCGAACUAGAAGAGCUCCACUUGGAUCACAACAAAAUCAGGACGUUAGGACAACUUACGUUCAUGUCGCUACAGACUCUUUAUUUGAAUUUCAACAACAUCGAUAGACUGAAAGGGGAUACACUUACCCACCUGGUUAAACUAAGAAACCUUGAAUUAGACCACAACAAACUGAGAUAUUUCGCGCCAAAUUCAUUCCCUGACGACUUACAAAGCGUAAGUCUGAACGGCAAUCCAUGGCGAUGUGACUGCAACAUGAAAUGGGUCCUAGAUAAUACGAAGUGGAAACAGUUUUUCCAGAAUAGCUCCUUAAUUUGUACUUUUCCAUCUCGAUAUCGUGGGAGGAACAUUUUAUCGUUAGAAGCAGACGACCUCAUUUGCCUGACGUCACCAUUAGGAAUUCUUACAAUCGUUUUACUUAUUCUAACCAUCAUGGUUCUUAUGGCACUCGGAACAACUAUAGUUUACAAAAAACGUCAUUGUUUUCCAUGUCUUAAGGAUCCCGAUGGUCACUACGUCGCUGUUUACACAACAGACGAUUAUCAGGAUGAACCUCGUGUGUCGAUUUCCGACGAGAAAACACUUGUUAAAGAAGUUGAAAUAUAUGCUUGAUUUUGCAUUAAAUGAAUAACUGGUCCAAUAA